UUAAAAAGCUAUGAACGUAAACAAACUGAAUGAGUCGUUACAACUUUUUUAAUGUUAUAAGUUAAACGCCCAUUAUCGACUGUGUUGAGUGGAAAACAUUUAUACGUUUUAUUAACCAGAUCAUUAAAUUAAAAAGUUAGAAAAUAUGUCUGCGAGAGAAACGAAAUGUUGGAAAUGUUUUGGCUUUAUUAAUGACCAAAAAGUGCGCUUUCAAGAAAAACAAUAUCAUCCACUUUGCUUUGUUUGUGACAUGUGCAAGAAACCUUUAGCAGGUGUGACAUGCCAUGAAGAAGGUGGGAAAUUGCACUGUCAGCAAUGUUAUAAUAUCCUGCAGGAAGACCGGUGCGCUCGCUGUAAGACGUUAAUCAAGUCAAAUAAACAAUUAUACAAAGGCAAAGGAUAUCAUCCUGAAUGCUUUACAUGUCACUCCUGUAAACAGUCGCUGGAAGGACAAAGUUUCCAUUUUGACGAUGGUGAAUUCUACCACGAAGAUUGCUACCGCAACGUGAACGCAUAUAAAUGCGACGAAUGUAAACAACAAAUUGAUGGCAACGAUAUUAAUUUCUCCCUGUUUCGUGGAAAGUAUUAUCACCAUCGCUGUUUCGCAUGCGCCCAAUGUAACAAACCUUUGGGCGGAGAAACAUUUAAGGUUUUAAUAGGACAGAGGUAUUGCAAACAAUGCCGAUAGAAUAAAAGAUAAUGUGUAUUGUAGUACACAUUAAUAUUUCUAAAAAUAAGCAACUCGUUUAUAAGCCAUUCUCCUGAAACCUGCAAGUUUGCUGAAACAACUUCGAGUUGAAUAUAUGCAAACAAUUUAUGUGUUUGAGUAGAUGCUUUCACAGGUAAUGUGGACUUGAAGCAUUUAUUUUUCCUAUGAUAAUCGCUUACACUCUUUUGUGUAACACUUUUAUCCCUCUUUCUGUUUUUAAACCAAAUAAUUGUGCUAUAGAAGUGUCAUGCUAGUAAAUUUGGUGAUUUUUCGCAAGGUUUUUGAUAACCGUCUACACUGUCUAAGAACUGUUAAGGCAUUUUUUAGUAACUUAAAACUAGGUCCAGAGUCAAUUUGCUUAUAAACAAAUACUUGUAUUUACUUCAAUAAAGUCCUUUGAGUUCAGCCCUGAUGACUCUUCAACAUUUUUUUAAAAAAAAUUGCUGACUUUUUUUUCCGAGUUGAAUUUAUAAUCCUAAGUUGAUGUGAUAAGUGAAAAUAUCUAUAAAAAAAGUGUGGAUUCAAAUGUUUGUUUUGUGAAUAGAUGUGUGCGAUGAUUCGAGUAGUCUUAGCUUGCACCUAGGAGCUUGCUCUUACUUCUCUGGUGGUCAGAGAAUAUUGUUUGACUAUGAAAUAUUUCAAAUCUGUCCUCUGUAGAUAGAUAGCAUCACUGAUAGCAUCUCUGCUCCCUAAAGUCUCUAGAUUAGAGCCAUUAUCACGGCCGACGUCAAUAUCAAUGGCAAAAUUUCCUGGGAACAAGGUUGUAUAGGCGGAACCUAUCCUUUUUUAGUUUUUAAAUUGCUUUUUAAACAAUUAUUUUUUAUGAUUGUAUAACUGCAUCGAAUAACUUCCUUAAUAACUUUAAUAAACAAAAAAAAUAAAUGAAAUCGAUUUCCUUAUCUAGUUUUAUCCAUAUAUGGAAUUCGUGUAUAUUCUUGUUUAUAAAAUUUAAAUUAUGUUGUUAUUAAUGUUUUCCUGACUUUUCCACAACGUAACUGUUUUUUUUUAACGAAACGCCCCACAUCGUGUCCCCCUCCCCUUAACACAAAAUUUCGGGGACCAUUCAGAAGAUUUUCAUGCAGGCACAAGAUCAGGUCCAAAAAUUCUAAUUUAGACCAUCACUGUUUGCUUGCUGUGUCACGUUUUGUGGGAAAUUUGACCUUUUUUAAUGCAGGAUCAAUUUGUAAACAUUGUAUAGAUAUAAAAUUGAAAAUUUGUACAAUAUCACGGAAAUAGGAAAGAGAGACGUUAUUAAAAAUACGUUGACUGUGGUGUAAUAUAGUUGAUGCAUGUUUUAAAAUACAAAACAGUUGCUGUACGGUUGUCUUUAAACUUGAAGAUGGUAAAAUAAAAUAACAAAUUACUACGAUUCACAAUGUGGUAACAAUUACUCUAAAUAGAGACCCAAGACUGAUAUUCAUUGCAUUAAAAAGAAGACAUAUUUCGACAUACGUCGAUCCUACAAAUUU